CGGAAUAUCAGUCAAACAUUACAGACUGCGUUUGAUAUCUGAUUAAUUACGGAGUUCAAAUUAUGAAAAUGUUUACAAAUACUGAGAAAUCACAAAAUUGUCUGGAAUUUAAAAGAAAAUCGCUGUUUGACGAACAAAAUUGUGAAUAGUUAUAAAUUUUCCAUGUAAAUGGCUAAUGUGCGAGAUUUUGGACGCAUUCGUGCAUUAAAUUCAACAGACAGUGGUAUACAUUCUGGAAGUAAUAAUUCUUUAAGAUUAUCAGUGACAAGACAAAUUGAAAUUGUUGACCCGGUCUCGGGAUUAAAUAAUGUAACGAUGACAGACAUGGCCUUGUCACCCGAGGCGGCCGGAAUAUUUAUUGUGUUAUACUCAAUAACAACAUUGCUUGCAAUUGUAGGGAAUAUUCUAGCGAUCGUUGUAUUUACAAAAGGAAGAAAAUGUCGCACCGACUUACGUCCAUUUUUACUCAAUCUUGCGGUUGCUGAUCUGAUUAUGGCAAUAUUCUGUAUUCCAUUUACUUUUGUUACAAAGUUGUUACAAAGAUGGAUAUUUUCUCCGCCAAUGUGUCCAAUUGUAUUGUUUUUACAACUUACUGCAGUUACUGCGAGUGUUUUUACGAACACUGCCAUUGGAAUAGAUAGGUUUUAUGCAGUGGCGUUUCCCUUGAAAUCCAGGAUAAUUUCUCAAAGGCACACUAUUAUGAUUGCUGUCAUUUGGAUAGUAUCUAUAACGUUUAAUGUUGUCCAGUUUAAAGUCGUUCAAGCCAGACACAAUAAUUUGACUCAAAUACUGGAUUGUGUAGAAGACUGGAAUGACAAUACUUUAUACACACGUAGAGCUUAUACUUUAUUCAUUUUAUUUAUAACUUAUAUAAUUCCAUUGGCCACUCUAAGUGUGACUUACAGUAUAGUCGGGUGCAUUCUUUGGAGGAGGAAAAUGCCAGGCCAGGUCAACGAGGCCAGAGACCAGCAACAUAACAAGGCAACAAGACAGAUCGUGAAAAUGUUGAUCACUAUAGUAACUCUGUUCGGACUAUGUUGGAUACCAUUGCAUGCGUUCAUAUUGACUCUUGAUUUCAACUCCGAAUUAUUUCAACGUACAGAUUUAAUGCCAGUGAUACAAACAAUGUACUUCGUAGUACACUGGAUAGCUAUGUCCAACAGCUUCGUAAAUCCCAUCAUCUAUACAUUCAUGAACACCAGUUUCAGGCAUGACCUGUGUUCGUUGUUUCUUCUGUUUAAAAAUCGUUCGGACUCUCUUGUAUCUAAUACUACGCUAAUGACACAGUAUUGGAAGGAUAACAAUGGGGUAUAUACAGACAGAAAAGCGCGCAAGAAGAUGUCACUUCCAGUAGAUUUAGAACCUGGCAACGAACCAUGCGAGAACUUUAAACACAAAUCAGAUGUGACAAGAGGAACCUCGUGUAAAGCAUUCUGAUGUAAUAAAGUAGUUUAUCAAUA